AUGUGGGUCAGGGUCAAGUCCGACACGGAAGAGGUUAAGCGCAUGUGCACCGGCGCAGACAAGGGUGUUUUCGGCUACCCGGUCGGAUGGGAGCCUGGGAUGGAGGAGACGUGUGGGAAGUGCUUUCGAGUGUGCGUCGUGAGUCUCGAUUACAGACAGACGCCUGUUGUCGGCUUGUCCGUUUCUGGCGGACUCGUAGCGAUUUCCCGCGGAAAGACGCCGACCUAUGGCUGGUACUUCCCAUUCGAGUCGUUGACGCAUCUGUAA